GUGAUGCGGUUCCGGGCCGCGGCGGAGCUCAGCGCUAGCCGCACUCUCGAAGGACUCGGGCUCCCGCCGUCAGCCCCUCCGCUCUGCUCCCCCUCCGCCCCAGCGGCGCCACCGCGUCCCGGGCUCCGCGAGCGGCCGCCCGCCGCCAGCCGCCCCGCACCAUGCGGGCCCUUCCCGGCCGCGGCGCCCACCUCGGGCCCGCCCGCCGCCCUCGCACGGCGGUCCCCCUGCGGCUCUUGCCUCCGCCGCUGCUGCUGCUGCUGCUCCAGGCCGCGGGCGCGCAGGCCCAGUCCACCGACUUCCCUGAGCUCUGCAGUUAUACAUGGGAAGCUGUUGAUACAAAAAAUAAUGCAGUUUAUAAAAUCAGCAUCUGUGGAAAUGUGGACAUUCCUGGGUGUGGGCCGUCAAGUGCUGUUUGUAUGUAUGAUUUGAAGACAAAGACCAAUCGGUCAGUGGGUGAUUUUAUUUUGAAAAGUGCCAGCAGGUCACUUCUGGAGUUCAACACGACCACGAGCUGCCAGAGCGGAGGAUCCCACAGCAUCCAGAGUAGCAUUACUUUCCUGUGUGGAAAGACCCUGGGAACUCCUGAAUUUGUAACUGCUACAGACUGUGUGCAUUUCUUUGAGUGGAGGACGACUGCAGCCUGCAAGAAGGACACAUUUAAAGCCAUUAAAGAGGUGCCAUGCUACGCAUUUGAUGAUGAGUUAAAGAAACACGAUUUAAACCCACUAAUCAAGAUGAGUGGUGGCUACCUGGUGGACGACUCUGAUCCCGACACGUCUCUGUUCAUCAAUGUGUGCAGAGACAUAGACUCCCUCCGGGACUCCAGCACACAGCUGCGUGCUUGUCCAGCUGGAACUGCCGCCUGCCUGUUGAGGGGAAUCCAGGCAUUUGAUGUUGGCCGGCCCAAGGAGGGACUGAAGCUAGUGAGCAAGGACAGGCUUGUCUUGAGUUAUGUGAAAGAAGAGGCAGGAAAGCCAGACUUUUGUGAUGGUCACAGCCCUGCAGUGACGAUAACAUUUGUGUGCCCAUCUGAGCGGAGAGAGGGCACCAUUCCCAAGCUCACUGCGAAGUCUAACUGCCGCUAUGAAGUUGAGUGGAUUACAGAGUAUGCCUGUCAUAGAGAUUACCUGGAGAGUGGCACCUGCUCCCUGAGUAACGAGCAGCAUGACAUCGCCAUUGACCUUAGUCCCCUGGCCCAGCUGGGAGGGUCCCCCUAUACUUCUGAUGGAAAAGAGUAUGUAUUUUAUAUGAAUGUUUGUGGAGAUGCCAAGGGCCAGAUCUGUAAUAACAAAGAUGCUGUCGUUUGCCAAGUGAAAAAGGCUGAUUCUACUCAGGUCAGAAUAGCAGGAAGACACCAGAACCAGACGCUCCGGUACUCGGAUGGUGACCUCACCUUAAUCUACUCUGGAGGAGAUGAGUGCAGCUCUGGUUUCCAGCGGAUGAGUGUCAUAAACUUGGAGUGCAAUGAAGCCGCAGGUAACGCCGGGAGAGGAGAGCCUGUGUUUACGGGUGAGGUGGACUGCACCUACUUCUUCACAUGGGACACCAAAUAUGCCUGUGUCAAAGAGAAGGAAGACCUCCUCUGUGGGGCCAGUGACGGGAAGAAACGCUAUGACCUGUCUGUGCUGGCUCGCCACUCAGAAUCGGAGCAGAAUUGGGAAGCUGUGGUUGGAGGCCAGACAGACUCAGAAAAGAAGUCUUUCUUCAUUAAUGUCUGUCACCGAGUGCUGCCGGAGGGCAAGGCUAGAAACUGCCCUGAAGAUGCUGCUGUGUGUGUUGUGGAUAAUACUGGAAGUAAAAACCUUGGAAAAUUUCUCUCUUCUCCUACAAAGGAGAAAGGACACAUUCAACUCUCCUACUCAGAUGGUGAUGACUGUGGCGGUGAUAAGAAAGUAACAACUAACAUCACCCUCAUUUGCAAGCCAGGUGAUUUAGAAAGCGCUCCAGUGUUGAGAGCCUCUGGGAAUAACAGUUGCUUCUACGAAUUUGAGUGGCACACGGCUGCUGCUUGCGUGCUGUCGAAGACGGAAGGAGAGAACUGUACGGUCUUUGAUGCCCAGGCAGGGUUUUCUUUUGAUUUGUCACCUCUCACAAAAAAGAAUGGUGCCUAUAAAGUUGAGACAGAGAAGUAUGACUUUUAUAUAAAUGUCUGUGGACCUGUAUCUGUGGACUCUUGUCAGCUAAACUCUGGGGCCUGCCAGGUAGCAAAAAGUGAUAAGACAUCAUGGAACUUGGGACUGAGUAAUGCUAAGCUUUCUUACUAUGAUGGGAUGAUCCAGUUGAACUACAGGGAUGGCACACCCUAUAACAACGAAAAGCACACGCCGAGAGCCACACUGAUCACUUUUCUUUGUGACCGAGAUGCUGGACUGGGCUUUCCGGAAUAUCAGGAAGAGGACAACUCUACCUACAACUUCCGGUGGUACAGCAGUUAUGCCUGCCCAGAAGAGCCUUUGGAGUGCAUGGUGACAGAUCCCUCCAUGAUGGAACAGUAUGACUUGUCCAGUCUAGUGAAGUCUGAAGGUGGCCACGGAGGAAACUGGUUUGCCAUGGAAAACUCACGGGAACAUGUCACACGGAGGAAAUACUACAUUAAUGUGUGUCGGCCUCUGAACCCUGUGCCUGGCUGUGACCGAUACGCAUCUGCUUGCCAGAUGAAAUACGAAGAUGAUCAGGGCUCCUUGACUGAGAUCGUGUCCAUCAGUAACUUGGGAGUUGCAAAGACGGGCCCUGUGGUGGAGGAGAGUGGCAGCCUCCUCUUAGAGUAUGUGAACGGCUCAGCCUGCACCACCAGCGACGGCCGGGUAACCACCUAUAGCACCAGGAUCCAUCUUGUCUGUGGCAGAGGUAGCCUGAACACCCACCCCAUAUUCACUUUCAACUGGGAGUGUGUGGUCAGUUUCCUGUGGAACACAGAGGCUGCCUGCCCUGUCCAGACGAUCACAGAUACAGACCAGGCUUGCUCUAUAAGAGACCCCAACAGCGGAUUUGUGUUUAAUCUUAGCCCACUCAACAGUUCUCAAGGAUACGUGGUCUCAGGCAUUGGAAAGACUUUUGUGUUCAAUAUCUGUGGUGCGAUGCCCGCCUGUGGAACGGUUGGGGGAAAGGCAGCCUUUGGCUGUGAGGCAGGAUCCCAGACAGAAGAGCUGAAGAACCUGCGGCCGGAAAGGCCAGUUGGAUUUGAGAAGAGCCUCCAGCUGUCCACGGAGGGGUUCCUCACUCUGACCUACAAAGGGUCUUCUCCCUCAGACAAAGGCACGGCAUUCAUCAUCCGGUUCAUUUGCAAUGAUGACAUUUACCCAGGAACCGCCAAAUUCCUGCAUCAGGACAUUGACUCUGCUCGAGGCAUCCGGAACACUUUCUUUGAGUUUGAAACUGCUCUGGCCUGUGUUCCUUCUCUAGUGGAUUGCCAAGUAACUGAUCCUGCCGGAAAUGAGUAUGACUUGAGUGCAUUGAGCACGGUCAGGAAGCCAUGGACUGCCGUGGACACCUCAGUGGAUGGGAAGAGACGGACUUUCUACCUGAGUGUCUGCAACCCCCUGCCUUACAUUCCUGGCUGCUAUGGCAGCGCGGUGGGAUCCUGCUUAGUGUCAGAGGACAACAGUUGGAACCUGGGUGUGGUGCAGAUCAGUCCUCAAUAUGCAGAGAAUGGAUCCCUCAGCAUUCUGUAUGUCAAUGGUGACAAGUGCAGAAACCAGCGCUUCUCCACCAGGAUACUGUUUGAGUGUGCUCAGACAUCGGGGUCACCCAUGUACCAGCGACAGGACGACUGUGAGUAUGUGUUUGUCUGGAGAACAGUGGAGGCCUGUCCUGUGCUCAGAGAAGAAGGAGACAACUGCCAGGUGAAAGACCCGAGGCACGGCAGCUUGUAUGACCUGAAGCCUCUGGCCCUCAAUGACACCAUCGUGAGUGCGGGCGAGUACAAGUACUACUUUCGGGUCUGCGGGAAGCUGUCCUCAGCUGUCUGUCCUGUACGUGACACGUCCAAGGUGGUUUCAUCGUGUCAGGAAAAGCAAGGCUCACAGGGAUUUCAAAAAGUGGCAGGUCUUUUUACUCAGAAGCUGACUUAUGAAAACGGACUAUUGAAAAUGAACUACACUGGGGGAGACACUUGCCACCAGGUGUAUCAGCGCUCUACCGCCAUCUUCUUCUACUGCGACCGGAGCACGCAGAAGCCAGUGUUUCUGAGGGAGACUUCGGAUUGCUCCUACUUGUUUGAGUGGCGAACACAGUAUGCCUGCCCACCUUUCAACGUGACUGAGUGCUCCUUCCAGGAUGGAGUUGGCAACUCCAUCGACCUCUCCCCAUUGUCGAGGUACAGUGAUAACUGGGAGGCUGUGACAGGGACAGGGGCCCCCGAGCACUACCUUAUCAAUGUGUGCAAGUCUCUGUCUCCACAGGCUGGCACUGAGCCUUGCCCUCCGGAGGCGGCUGUGUGUCUGCUGGAUGGCUCUAAGCCCGUGAACCUUGGCAAGGUGAGGGAUGGUCCUCAAUGGACAGGUGGUGUGACUGUCCUGAAGUAUGUGGAUGGUGAUUUGUGUCCAGACAAGAUUCGGAAAAGGUCGACCACCAUCCGCUUCACAUGCAGUGAGGGUCAAGUGAACUCCAGGCCUCUGUUUGUCAGUGCCGUGCAAGACUGUGAAUACACCUUCUCCUGGCCCACAUCCGCUGCCUGUCCUGUGAAGAGCAGUGUGCACGAUGAUUGCCAGGUCACCAACCCCAGCACAGGCCACCUGUUCGACUUGAGUUCCUUAAGUGGCAAAACUGGUGUCACAGCUGCUUACAGUGAGAAGGGCCUGGUCUACAUGAGCGUCUGUGGGGAGAACGAGAACUGCGGCCCUGGUGUGGGGGCCUGCUUUGGCCAGACCAGGAUCAGUGUGGGCAAGGCCAGCAAGAGGCUGAGCUAUGUGGAUCAGGUCUUGCAGCUGGUAUAUGAGAAUGGAUCCCCGUGUCCCUCCAAAUCCGGCCUGAGGUACAAGAGUGUCAUCAGCUUCGUGUGCCGGCCCGAGGCCGGGCCCACCAACAGACCCAUGCUCAUCUCCCUGGACAAGCAGACGUGCACACUCUUCUUCUCCUGGCACACUCCCCUGGCCUGUGAGCAAGCGACGGAAUGCACCGUGAGGAACGGAAGCUCUGUCAUUGACUUGUCCCCCCUCGUUCACCGCACCGGUGGUUACGAAGCAUAUGAUGAAAGUGAGGAUGGUCCCUCCGAUACCAACCCUGAUUUCUACAUCAAUAUCUGUCAGCCUCUGAAUCCCAUGCAUGGAGUGCCCUGCCCUGCUGGUGCCGCAGUGUGCAAAGUUCCUGUCAAUGGGCCGCCUAUAGACAUUGGCCGUGUCACAGGCCCCCCGAUAUUCAGUCCUGUAGCAAAUGAAAUUUACUUGAACUUUGAAAGCAGUACUCCUUGCUUAGCGGACAGGCAUAUGAACUACACCUCACUCAUCGCCUUUCACUGCAGGAGAGGUGUCAGCAUGGGAACCCCUAAGCUGGUAAGGACCAGUGAUUGUGACUUCGUGUUCGAGUGGGAGACACCGAUUGUCUGUCCUGAUGAAGUGAAGACCCAGGGCUGUGCCGUGAUGGAUGAGCAGCUGCUCUACAGCUUCAACUUAACCAGCCUUUCCAAGAGCACUUUCAAGGUUACAAGAGACUCACGCACAUACAGUGUGGGAGUGUGCACCACAGCAGCUGGCUUGGACCAAGGAGGCUGCAAGGAUGGUGGCGUCUGUCUGCUCUCUGGGAAUAAGGGGGCAUCCUUUGGGCGGCUGGCGUCCAUGCAGCUGGAUUACCGGCACCAGGAUGAAGCGGUCAUUCUGAGUUACGUGAAUGGUGAUCCUUGCCCUCCAGAAACGGAUGAUGGCGAGCCCUGUGUCUUCCCCUUCAUCUUCGAAGGGAACAGCUAUGAUGACUGUGUGUUGGAGGGACGGGCGAAGCUCUGGUGUAGCAAAACUGCAAAUUACGAUCGAGACCAUGAGUGGGGCUUCUGCAGACCAACCAACAGCCACCGGAUGUCGGCUAUCAUAUUUACCUGUGACGAAAAUGAGGAUGUUGGGAGGCCACAACUCUUCAGUGAAGAUCGCGGGUGUGCCGUGACAUUUGAGUGGAGAACAAAAGUCGUCUGCCCUCCGAAGAAGAUGGAGUGCAAGUUCAUUCAGAAGCACAAAACCUAUGACUUGCGGCUGCUCUCCUCCCUCACAGGGUCCUGGGACUUCGUCCAUGAAGGAACCUCGUACUUCAUAAAUCUGUGUCAGAGAGUGUAUAAAGGGCCUCUGGACUGCUCCGAAAGAGCCAGCGUUUGUAAGAAGAGCUCAUCUGGUCAAGUCCAAGUCUUGGGGCUCGUUCAUACACAGAAGCUGGACGUCCUAGAUGACAAAGUUAUUGUUACGUAUUCAAAAGGCUAUUCCUGUGGUGGGAAUAAGACUGCAUCCUCAGUGAUAGAAUUGGCCUGCGCAAAGACUGUGGGCAGGCCUGUGUUCAAGAGGUUUGACAUCGACAGCUGCACCUACUACUUCCACUGGGACUCACGGGCUGCCUGCGCCGUGAGGCCUCAGGAGGUGAGCAUGGUGAAUGGGACCCUCACCAACCCUGUGAAUGGCAAGAGCUUCAGCCUCGGGGAGAUUUAUUUUAAGCUGUUCAGUGCCUCUGGGGACAUGAGAGCCAAUGGGGACAACUACCUAUAUGAGAUCCAGCUCUCCUCCAUCACCAGCUCCACGAACCCCGCGUGCUCUGGGGCCAACAUCUGCCAGGUGAAGCCCAAUGACCAGCACUUCAGCAGGAAAGUGGGCACGUCGGACAGGACCAAGUACUACUUCCAAGAUGGUGAUCUGGAUGUGGUAUUUGCCUCUUCCUCCAAGUGUGGGAAAGAUAAGACCAAGUCUGUCUCUUCUACCAUCUUCUUCCACUGCGACCCUCUGGUAAAGGACGGGAUCCCCGAAUUCAGCCAUGAGACUGCUGACUGCCAGUACCUCUUCUCCUGGUACACGGCAGCUGUGUGUCCUCUGGGGGUGAGCUUUGAUGGUGAGGGUGCUGGGCUUGAUGGGCCGGAGUAUAAAGGACUCUCAGAACGGAGUCAGGCUGUUGGGGCAAUCCUCAGCCUGCUCCUGGUGGCGCUGACUGGCUGUCUGCUGGCCCUGCUGCUUCAUAAGAAAGAAAGGAGGGAAACCAUGAUAAGUAAGCUAACCAACUGCUGUCGAAGAAGCUCUAAUGUGACCUACAAGUACUCCAAGGUGAACAAGGAAGAGGAGACAGACGAGAAUGAGACAGAGUGGCUGAUGGAAGAGAUCCAACUGCCAACGCCUAGACUCGGGAAGGAGGGCCAGGAGAACGGCCACAUCACCACCAAGUCUGUGAAAGCAGACGCCCUCACUUCUCUGCAUGGGGAUGACCAGGACAGUGAGGAUGAGGUCCUGACCAUCCCAGAGGUGAAAGUUCACUCGGGCAGAGGAGCCGGGGUAGAAAGCUCACAGCCUGUGAGAAACCCACAUCAGAAGGGCCUUAGGGAGAGGGAGGACGAUAGAGUGGGCCUGGUCCAAGGUGAGAAGGCCAGGAAAGGGAAUCCCAGGCCUGGACAGCACAAGUCAUCAACCUCUACCAAGCUGGUGUCCUUCCACGAUGACAGUGAUGAGGACCUCUUACACAUCUAACUCCACGGUGCCUACAGGAGGACGUGGAGCCAUGGGACAGCCAAGCACCUCCAACCAAAUAAGACUCGAUGCUUCUGUCAUUUUGCCUUUAACAAAAACUGCUUCAAAAGGGAAGAGUUUUUGCGGUGGGGGAGAGGGUGAAGGAGGUGAGCACCGCUCCUUCGUGAUCGUUUACAGUCAAUGGAACAAGGCAUUGCUCGAAUCAGCCAAAGGGCGAUACCUCGUGCCCAGGGUUUUGCCCCAAGUCCUCACUUACAAGCAUAGCUGCUGUGAGCUUCCAAGUGGUGCCCAGGCCACACACAUCUCAGAACAGAGGACUGUGUUUGGAAACAAACCCUUGCUGCUUUAGACCCCAUAGGGUGUUUGACCAUUUAUAUUUUUAGCAUUGUAAUUCUCUCUCCCUAUUUAUUGACUUUGACAAUUACUCAGGUUUGCGAAAAAAGAAAAGAGAGAAAAAACAGCCAAUUUCUUCAUGUGGGCAGGGCAGGGGCAUAACGCACAGGGUGUCUCAGGAGAAGGCAAAGCUGGCGGUGUGCCAGGGCCAGUGCAUGUGGCGCUUGAAUUGAUCAUUGAUGCACACAUGGGUGAGUUGCAGUUCUGUUUCCUGAUUCCUGGGGGCGCAUGUGCAUGCACAGGGUCCUGAGUGCCUGGGUCUGGGAGGGCUCACCCGCUCCAUGCCUUGCCAUAGCGGCUGCAGCUCUUGCAUGCAUUGUCCCAGGUAUGCAGAGCACACUUACCAGCGUUCCUGCGGCCCACCCCAAUACAGAUUUUGUGCUCGUGAGUGGAGUUGAGGCGACAGAAUAGCUGCUCUCGGGCUGAGCUGCAGGUCUUGUCUCUUCAGGUUCUCGUGUUACCACCUUUACUGUGCUUUCUUUUUUUAAAGAAAAAAAUGUUUAUCCAUUCGAUCUAUAAGAAGCCUUAAUUUGCACAGGGUGACUUAACGGACAUCGUGUGAAACACGGUGGGCCAGUGUGUAGUCCAGUGCUGUGCAUGGACUUGUGCCUGGGGCGAGGCUCCUGGCUGGCGUCCUGGGAUAGAAGGACAGGCCUGGUGUCCUUCCACUGGCUGUGGACUCCUUUCUCGACACAUUCAAUGACUUUUCUCGCGCUGUAGAAUUGUAUAUAGGUGGUGUUCGCAUACCGAAAAGCAAACCACCCUGCAGAAUUUCUUGGUUUAUGCCCGAUUUGGCUGGCUUAUUUGAUUUCAACAUGAGUGUAUUUUUUAAAAUUGAUUUUUCUUUUCUUUUUUUCAAUCAAUUUUACUGUAAUAUAAAGUAUUCGAUUUCAAUAAAAGAUAAAUUAUUAA